AUGAUGAGGAGAGCGUCAGCCAGACAGACAGAAGAGGGGUUUGAAAAAGAGGUGAGGAGGUGGGGGAGUACAGUGAUGCUGCUGGAGCGUCUCCCUCUUCCUCUCUGUCUCUUUACAGAAUCACACCAUCCCUCUCCUGGUCCUCGAAACACAGCUUGAGCUCCAACAAACUCCCUACGUCUCCUCCGUGAUUCUGCUCCCAGACGAGAGCCGGCGGGAUAGAUUUUAGCUGGAGGUGGAAGUUUAAAGGGGCAGAUGUUGCCGAUCAAAGCCCUCCGAUUGAAAGAGGAAAACAGCAAAAGAAAAAGAGGAGAGGGCUUGCUCUGCUGCGAGUGCAUCAGCUGAGCGGCAGCACUGCGCGGCUGCUGCAGAGUGAGUGUCUGUGCUGACUCCUGCAGGAGGAGGGGAGGUUUAGGCCCGGACUCAGCGAGGUGCUGGGUCCUAAAGCCUGCAAAUACGCUCCUAAAAAGUUGCUCAAAAUGGACCUGACUGUCACGAUUCCCAUGAAUGUCUACGCUUUUUGGCAGUACGCAGGAAUCAAGGGUUGUUUUGGGAUUGAUCAGAACUGCUCUAGGGUUUGUUUGGGAGAAAUUUAAGUCCUCAUAAGACAAAUAAACAAAGAAAAACUUCAAUUUUCUUCCCCAUAUGAGCUUUAAGAUGAGGCUUCCUUGAUAACAAAGUUGGGAGAAUGACGAUGAACUUUGGACUCUAAUUGGAUUACAGUGGACAAACAUAACAGCCUUUUGUCUAAAGGAAAUAAAACCAAUACAGCCAGAUAGCAUGCAGUCUGGGGUUUGCACGUCAAAGAUCAGGCUUCCUUCCUCCAAGCAAAGCAUUAUCAAGAAAGCUGAUGUCCUCCUGAAAAGAGGGGGAAAAGAGGAACCAAGGGGCAUGAAAGAAAGGAGGGGAGAACCUUUAGAGUUGAGGAUUUGCUGAUGAAAAUUGGGGUCAAUUCUUUGAAUGUCUUUUCAGAGAGACACAGAGACUGGAGGGUUUAAUCAGCGGGUCUCUUUGUGUUGAAAAACCUUAACCUGAACUCACAGGCAUGGAUGCAGUCUUGACGAUGUCAUGCUUUGGUUUCUGAAGAGAUGUUUUGAAGCCCGAUGAUAGUUUUGGUAACGACGCCUCAACCUUGCUUUUGAUUAGCCGUGAAAAAAGCAAAGCUGUGGAGCGGUGUUGCAAAAUCGUAUUGCGCUUGAUAUGUACAGUCAGGCACGUCAAAAUUCACCUCUGAAUAUUUUCAUAAUUUCGCAUUGUAUAUUUGCCGGUGUGUCAGGACCUUUAGGGGCACAUGUGCUCCUUCUGAAAAAAGUUAGUGUCAAGCCCUGCACUUGCCUUAAAUAAGCUAACUUCAAGCUAGCAUCUUUUUUUGGUUGGAUUUUCAUAAUCGGUGCGUAUCUGAUGCCACAUCGAAAAACACACUUCGGCUGUAUUUCUUCUCUAAAACACCUUGUACCAAAUUCUACAGUUCUGAGUUAUUAUUCCCUUCUGCAGUAAAAGAGGUGAGAGUGAUGUAUCCCAAAUUCUGCAGUGCAGUCUGUCAGAUAGCUGUCAAAUUCAGCUUCUUCCUCGUGCCAAAAGCUUGAAAGCUGUGAGAAAAACAACCCAUCCAGCCUCCAAAUUUAAAAACAAAAACCACCAGCAGUAGGCAAUUUCUGAACCAGAGUGGGGAAAAGGGGGGGUGAGCCAGUUCAACUCAAUCUGUUUCAUUGUUAGUGAACACAAAAGGCCCAGGUGAUGCACGAUAAUGCAGCUCACACUGGAAGCAGGAGCCAGCAGAUUGCAUUAGCGCCCGGCCUGAUGCUGUGGCCCAUCACAUAGCGAGGAUUAACUCUCCUUUAUCAGCUUUUAUCAGCUAACUGCAUGCCUGGGACUUUUUUUUUUUGACUCACUCCUCUAUUUCUGUGUUGUCAUCUUUUUGCAAUAGGAGCGAGCGCUGCAGGGUUUCAGUGGAAAAGCUCAGUUUCCUUCCACAGAUGCUGGAAAAGUAUGCAUUUUAGAGUCUGCAACAGAAGAAACCGAGCCUCAGGACACGGAGAGAGACAUCACUUCACCCCAAACAAAUUAUUCAUUACUCAAGCUUUGGAAAACAAACAUGGGCCAGGACACAAACUAUAUAUUCUUCCUGAGAUUCAGUUUUUUAUGCAAAGUACAGCAGACAUGGGAGAGUUGAACACAGUUGAGGGAUUUCAGAGCCACAAAAUAAACCUCUGCAGUGUCUUUGCACCCUUUUAUGUAAAUGACAAAGGCAGAAGUAAAAAGGGGGUGCUGUAUUUAAAAAAAAGGAAGAGGGGGGCUUAUCUCUCACAGAGGAAAAAAAUAUAUAAAGAGGAGACAGCCAGCAGACAGCCAAAAAUAAUCAAAGAGCUGCCUCUUUACAGCAAUGGGAACAAUGGGGAAAAGAGGCGGAACCAGCGGCUUAACAAAACGCUGUCUGCUGCUGUGAGAGAGAGAGAGCACAGAGCUGUUCCAGAAACAGAGGUGACACUCUCAGAGCGUUACAGACACGCUGCCUGCAUCUCAAAGUGUCCGCAGGUCCAGGAGGGACGAACCAAUGUCACGAGGACAGAGGUAAGGAUGAGCAUGUCUUUCUUAUUCCUGGUGCAUGUAUUUAUCAAGACUUGACAGAGAUAGCUCGUAAAUCGCUGAAUCAUGGCUGAAACUGCCUCGUCAGGAGUCCUCAAGGUAAAGAUAUCUGAAGUACGUCACAAGAAGAAGAGCACUUUAUUUCUCUUAUUAGAAAUCAACCUGUUUAAUAAGGUUGUUUUUCUUUAUAUGGAGUCAUUAUUAAUCAAUUAUUUUAGAUUGAAAAGUGAGGAUGUGACUUAAGGCCAAAGAACAAGCAGUUUUCUGACACUGUUAAAGCUCCUGUGUGGUCAUGAAACAGACUCAAAUCAACACCGAUCUCUCUGAAUGACAGCAAACCAGACCAUCAACAGGGGAGAGACUGGAUCUGGUUGAUUAUUUUUAAUGUCUGAAAUGAUUGACAGAGGGAAGUGUCAAAAUUAAGGGAGCUUUUUACAGCUUUUUCAGUGGCACAGGCUCUUAACAAGCGAUAAAUCUAACUGUAGAAAGACAGCAGGUUUAGAUUUUGGUCACGAAAUACCAACUACACAUGUACAGGACAAAGUCGGCAAAGAUCACCUCAUCAUCCUCAGGGGGCAUCAAAAUUCACACAAAGCAAAAGUUCCUCACGGGAAAUCCAUGUAACAACCUGACCAGAAGAACGUGAAACCAGAGGAGAGAUAAUACUGACAUUAACCUGCAAGAAGGACCAAUAGCUGGUGGUGCUCACUCUGCCAAUGUUAGCGACACUCACUGGACUAAUUCUCUAAACUCUAUUGCUUUCAGUCCUGGAGACUAAAGUGGGUAAAUAGCACCAUCUGCUGGAAAAUAGUAAAACCUACAAAUUUGAAGCCUGGCCUGCAAGUUGAAUACGUGUUGUAGACACUGUAUGACUUUAUGCUGCAGGGACUGUACGAUCAAAAGUCACUGUUGAGGGAAGUUUAAAUGUGACCACUUCAAGCCAAAUGAGUCAAUUGUGAUUGUUUGGACAAAACAGACCACUGUAGACCUCUGUAUAGUGCUGUACAGUGUAAAGAUGGGUUUAAAUUCCAACAUUUUGAGAGAAAAAAAAAGUGUGACUUUUGCCAAAUUAGAUGCCAUGUGGCUUCUCUAUGGGAAAACAAUACAGAAAAUGAGAGCGAACACAUCUCCAAAAGGGAACAAAGGAAUGAGUUAAGCUAAAAAAUAUAUACAAGUUCAAAGAGUUGCAUGAUUAGUUAUGUUUCUGAUAACAUUUAUGUCAAUCCUUAAAUAGUUCAUGCUCAAAUAUACAGCAUAGCUUUUAAAAGUCAAAUUUGUAUAUUUCAAUAGCUUAACUGAAACUUUUUCUGCAAUUAUGGUGAUCAGGAAAUGUCUGUCAGGAGCUACUGUUCCGGUUUUAGGAUCUUACUUUGUACAUUGAUCAAUAUUGAAGAAACAGGAUGACUUACAUUUCACUGUUUCAUCCUGCACUUGGUAUAUUAACUGUUCAUUCAUUCACUCAGUCAUAGUAAGAUGAACUUGUAUUUAAGAGUUAUUUUUGCCUAAACUGGCUGUACAUGUUAUCCAAUUAUGUUGGGCCUGUCCUCUAGGCAUGUUAAUGAUAUUCAGCCUGAUCUCUUGCUGGAAAAUAGGUCAUCCAUGGAAAGAAGGGGGGUUACUCCUGUUCGUUACUAUAAUCCACCUCAACGUGCAUCAAACCAGAGUCACUAAUUCACACAAACGACCCUAAUUUUGACUGUACUUGCAUAAAACAGACGAGUAUUAAAUCUUUAUGACUAGAUAUAAAAGCUUUAUCUGUAAUCUGGUGCCAUCUAGUGAGUUCAAAGCCAGGAAACAACUGACCAAAGACAUCCCUCUGCCUCCUAUCACAGAAUAAUAUAUCAGUCAUUUAUGAACAAUAGAAGCAGCUGUUUAUCUAAAAAUGUGAAAUUAUAGUUAUGUUUUGCUUAUAUAUCCAUUAAGUAGUAUCCUAAAACCUAGCUUGGGUGUGGCUGCCGUUUGACAUGACAUUUUCUUUCGACAGAUUAACAAAAUUGGAUGAAACAAUCAGCAACAGAUGAUCUGGAUUUGUGAUUAAUUCAUUUAAACGAGAAUAAAUUGGCCUUGUUAUCCCAUUAGGAGUGAAUAUCCGGAUCCCCGUCGCUUCAGUUAUUAACACCAGAGGAUCAAUGAAGGAGCAGUGAUAGUGCUGACUAAGAUUAUUGGUCGCUUUUUAACGUAAAUGUAACAUAGGAGUAUAACUAUUGUGAAAAUUAAGCUUUUACUGGUGGAUAUUUGGGUCUGUCAGCUGUCACUGGGACACUCCCUGACCAGCUACUAGCAUAAGUAGCCGUUAGCUUCGGUUGCUAGCACACAAUCAAAAGGCUUUUAAUGAGUUAGUUUUUAAGAGACACACGCUAAUUUAUAUUCACAUAGUUGUGUUUUUGUCUUAUAUGUACAUAUCAUUUCCUACAUUGGACAAAUUCGCUCUUAAUCUUACCUGUUUGUGUGCUAAAAUCCGGCUAACCGCUCAGCUUCGUACCAACAGGCUACAUCCAUCCAUGGAGGUCUGAGCGGACUUAUCCGCUUUGAGGUGUCCGAGCUGCUGCCUGACUCGGCCCGCCUCAGAAACACAGAGGGUCCCGGUGAUAUCUUUGGCUUUGUAUCAGGUUAGAAAAACUGUAUUUUGUACUCAUUUAUAACUGAAUAAAAGCUUAAAGUGACAAACUGAUGGUUCACUGUCCUAAUCAUAAAAUCAUGAAGGUUAAUCAUUCACAAAAUGGCCUUUUUUGCGCCAGAAUAAUAAGCAGGGUGAAUUGACAUUGGGCUAUUUACACACCCUAAAGAGUUGCAGCCUUUUCUACCUCUUGUAAGCAAAUUUUCACAGCGAAUAAGACACUUGAACACAGAAUUUUUAAACAGAAAACAUAGUCCGCGCUUGUUUGGGACAAGAUCAAAUGAGAUUAAUAGGGUCAUUUUGUCCACAGAGGGUGCCAAACUCAACCCAAAGAAGAAGUUCCUCACAGGAGCUUCACAUAAGUUUAUUAUAAGGUGUACUCUUUGCUUUACUCUUUAUGAAACAGAGCCAUUUAUAAGGCUAUAAAAACAAGGACCUCUCAGCCUCAUAGCUUGUGGGGAUCAGUCUAAAACCCAGACAAAUCCCAGAAGGAGAACUUGAAUAUUAGACAAACUUGCAAACAUCCGAUUUAGUUCUCAGCAGGAUCUUUUUUUUUUUUUUACCACACGGCAAAGCUUCCUGGAAUUAAAAAGGAGCUUAAGAUGUGGGUUUAUUUUUAGAUGGAAGGUGAGGUACAAAUAAACAAACACGUGUAUCAAAGCUCUGUCAAAAGCAGUGCUGUUUCAUAUCUGCAGCACCAGAUCCAGAGAUGAGCCAACCCAAUAUUUAACAAUUAAAAAAUGUAAAGCCUAUUGCGCAAAACUUUAGAAUAACUUUGAAAACUGUUUAAUCAUAGAAAGAUGUUUGUUGUAUAUGGCUUAUAUAUGUAAACAUUCACAGAUACACUUAAUCAUACAGAGAAUUCGUGCAUUGGAAUAACAAGGAAAAAAGCUCAGAAUUCAGAAAAACUCAAAAUAAGUUACUUAAAAAUAAAAUAACAAAAAAAGCUUAAAAGAAAACCACAAGAUGAGAUGAUUACUAGGACUUUUUAUUAGUUCAUCAAUUGAAAAUCUAAAUAUAAGCUUGCAUAUGUUUUAUGCGAAAGAUUUGGAAAGUUAGUGGAAGAAAUUUUUCACAAAAGCAGUUUUAAUAAAAUCACACGUCUAUAUGUUCUGAUUAUUAUGAUUAAGUCUUGAAAUACACAUAAAUCUGGAAUGAUUACUUGACAUUUGGAGUAUGGGUAAAUCUAUGGAGACAAAAACAACCAGCCAUUAAAUUAUGACCACUGACAGUUCAAGUAGAUAACAGAUAAUCUCUUUGUAAUGGCAGCUGACGCUUAGUGAGGGGAUAUGUAAGGAAGGAUGAAGAGGAUGUAAGUGACUUUGAUGGGAGCCUAAAGAUGCAUUACAGUUCAUCGUGUAAAGGGUUGUGGAGCUGCAGACUGCUCAGAGAGCUGAUACUGACCCCUGGAGGUGCCUUUAGUCAGUCUGGACACAGAUGUUGACUUUUUUCACUUUUCUGUGUACCUGACAGGAGUUUAUGUGUUGGGCGUGCUCCUGUUUUAGCUGUUUGGUCUGGAGCAACAUGACUAUGAGAUCCAGGUGUAAACUUUGCCUCCAGAUUCUCCAGUCAGGUACCACAGAAGACCUUCACAGGUCGAGUGGAGACUCAUAAUGCUAUGGCUGUAAAAGUCUUAAUGAAGGUCACUAAAUUAUUGGAGCAUAUUUGGUCCGUUUGAUUUAUUCUCUCGAGUCAAAUCAAAAUAAUUUACAAAAUUAAAUAAUCAAAAAGGGGUUUUAAAUCAAAAACAGGAUGAGCAACGACAGAGUAAGGUUUUCACAUCUGUGUUUGUUACAGGAGAAGACAUGCCCGGACGUUUGCUGCACGUAUUUUGAGUAAACACACUUGGAUGUUACUGAACCUGUUCAGAGUGUUUUUCGCUUUAACUGGAAUGCAUGCUGGGGAAACAGAAGCAUUAAAGUUGGCUGAAUGGACGGUACUGUUGCCCUGAAAUGCUGCACAGUCUUAGCGUGUCUCAGCUCAACAUCACUCAGUUGUUUUUUCUGUCUCUGUGUAAAUCCAGCCUGUACUCUAUCAGAGUAAAGUUUGUGACUUUGGCGAUAAACUCAGGGACAGGAAACUCUCUGAUCUUCUCGUAGCCCAUGCACUCGUACAGCUUGUGAGCAUCAGUCUGCACAACAGAGGUGUACAGGAUCACUGCUGCAUAACCUCUGUCGCGAGUAAAAUCGGCGACCGUCCGACACAGAGCUUUACCGAUGCCCAUCCUGCGGUGACUGCGGCGUACAGAUGCGCGUUUCAACUCUAAACAUCCAGGUGUAUUCUCAUUAGGGAGGCAGGCCAUUGUACCGACCACACGUCCGUCACACUCCGCCACCCAAAAACAUGAGUCCUUCUCCUUUAGGUAGGUCUCAGUGAUGUUGUUGAGGUCCUUCUUGAGGGAGGUAUCGAUGUAUUUGUUGAACAUGUAGACGACAGACUGGCGGGCAGCAGCCAGGAGGAGGGUGACGGCGAGGACAGGCAGCAGGAAGGAUUUGGAGCUGGCCAUGAGAGAGCAGAACGUGCACAUGAGCACCAUCUGGGUCGGUGGCUGUUUGAGGAGGUGCAUGAAGGACGAAGGCACGUGCUCGCUCAUCCCCAGGGUGAAGACCUCUUUCACGGCCUCAGCGUCUUCGUCUUUAUACUUUCGGAUCUGGAUGUUGGCCAUGGCUCAGCUCUGCUUUAUCGAACCAAAACAUUAGAGGAGGCAAAACACGACAAAUUACAAAUACAAAUUUAAUUCUUUUGAAAUGGAACUUAAAAGGGAUAUUCUGGUGUAAAAUUAAUUUAAGGUCAAACACCCCGUAACACAGAGUUAGACACCCCCUCAAGAGCAUUAUUUGUGGCUAUAGAGUGGCGUUUUGGUUGAGGUUUGUUUAUGGCUCCUCAGACUGCUGUGUAUUGCUAUCCUGCGGUCGUUACUAAAGUUGGUAUAACUAGAGAAGCAAGCGGUCUGCAAUAUUCAUCUCUAGAGGUGGUUAUGGUGUGUUUGACCCUAAAUUAAUUUCACACUGGAAUAUGCCUUUAAAGAAGUAAAUUUAGCAAAUCAUCACCAUAUGACAGCCUACAGUACUUCUCUAUCAUUAACAAUCAAAUAAGGUUUUUCUAUACAGGCUAUGCAGUGAUGUUGCAUCAAUAUACACACACAGAAGGCUUGGAAAAGCUGUGUGAUGAUGAUGCCAAAAUAAAUAAACAUUAAACAAGCUGAUAUCUAGUUAAAUGAUGUUCAUUAUGUCUUCAGUUUCUUAGACAUAGUUACUUUUUUCCUUUAUCUCAGACAUGUUAUCUUUUUCACGUACCUCCAUGUCGAGGUACGUGAAAAAGAUAACAUGUCUGAGAUAAAGGAAAAAAGUAACUAUUUCUAAGCUAACUGUUACCCAAUAAUAUUGCACAAUCAAUCAAUAAAUCAGGUGGACUCUCCUCCCAAUAUCUCUAAAGUUAGGAGCGUUAUUUGUAAAACCAUUGAGGUGGUUUUUCUUCAAAAUAAUUACUUUUCAAAUUUUGAGGUUGAUGGUGCAUCUAUUUGUAAAACCUGGGACACAAAUUUGAGAUCUGGUUACUGUUGUAAAAGUAUCACAGAGCCACAUACCAUUACAAAGCAUAUCUGAGAAGUGCUCACAUUUUCAUAAUCCAAUUUGUAAUGAUUUAUAGACCACUUUCACUUUCCUAUAAUUCAUAGGAAUACUCUGCACAUUAAGAUAAACUAUGUCUGCUUACUCUGAUAAACACAUUACAAGCUUCUACACUUAAAGAACUGCAAUUUGAGACUGUGUUGGGCAAUCAUCAGCGAGCUACAAACAGAAACCAAUUUGGAACCUGAGACAGCCAAUAGCAGAAGGAAGAAUUUCCAAACAUGGGUUAGUUUUUUAACAUUAAACUACUUUUCUAAACAAUAUUUAAACGGAUAACUCAAGUGGUCCAUCCCGAUGUCCUAAACUUUGGUCAGCUUGCCUUGAUGCCAAUUUAUGGUGUAAAAAUUGACCAUUUGGGAUGGAUUUACAGAGUUGCAGUUGCCAAAAAUCUGGUGAAAACAUUCAUGUGUGACCACUCUUAUGUGCUCCUGAUUAAAGCCACUUAUUACACAGAGGAAUAAAAAGCUGUAAAAGUUUUGUUUCACUUAAAAUACUGAUAUUUUGUUGUUUCUUUAUGUGGUGCUGAUUUUAUUUUGACCUACACCUUGUUCCUCCAAAGUCAUUCCAGAUCUGUUUUACCAACUGAAAACUGACUAACUCACUCUUGUUUGUUUGUCCACAAGUUCAUCAAUAACAAACAAGACCUUCCUGAAACUUUCCGAAACUUUUUUUACCUUUUCCUCCAACCUUCACUCGUACUCGGCCAUCUUCAGUUACCUUCCUGUCGAACUUCUAGUCAUCAGUCUAACAUUACUUUUAGAGGGCCGUAACUAUAGAAUAAUCUGGAUGCAUCUCUCCUCAACUCCUUUAAACUAUCAUUAAAAUCUCAUCUAAUCAUGUCUUAAAUACAUCAUUAUUUGUUAUGAUCAUGUUUCUUUCCUUUUUGUGAAUACUUUUAUUGUCUUUAUCACUGUUUGAUGAUUAGUCUGUGUUCCAUUUAUGGCAAUUCGUAUCUGUUUGACCUUUCCCUAAGCAUUAUGUAUUUGUAACCUAUGUCCUAGUUACUUUGUCGUCUGCACCUUAUGCCUUCUCUGACCAUCUUAUAUCUUAUAUAGGGUGGGUGUGUGUCUUUGUGGGUGGGAGGGUUAGGUUUUAUUGUUGUUAAUUGUUGUUUUUAGCCUCUGUGAGGCACUUUGACCUGCAUUUCUUGUCUGAAAAGUGCCAUAAAAAUAAAGUUGCAGACAUACCCUGUCCACUCCUGCCUCUGUUAGAGAUAUCUACCAAUUAACCCUUCUUUUUUAACAUCGUGAAAGCGUCAACAUCAGCUUCAAACAUCCAAUUCAGUUUUGUUUCACUUAAAAUACUUAUAUUUUGUUGUUGCUUUAUAUUUUGUCCUAUACCUUGUUCCUCCAAGGUCAUUCCAGAUCUCUUUUACGAACUGAAAACUGUGCAAACAUUUUAAAUCAAUAUAAACUGAUUUUUUCCCCAAAAAUGACUCAUUUAAGCUUUUUUAUUGUCUCGCUUUCAUGGUGUAGGGCAUAAAAAUUUCAUUCCUGGAUCCUAGAAAAGUCCAGGAUGCAUUAAAGUUUGUUUUUUCUUUUCUUGGUAUAAUACAAUUCAUUAUUAUUUAUAGGCCUCCUCCUUUAUCUGUUUACCUAAUCCUCUAGCUCUUAAAUUAUAUAUUCACUUCUUCAACCACUCAUUGUUUAAUAAAAUGUUCUGCACGUUAAAAUAUUAAUAAACAAAGUUAAACAAAGUCCUGCAGCCCGUAAACACACCAUGAACAGUCGAUAUCAGCUUCACAUGAUUCCCCUGACCCUUAAACGCCACAUAAUAAUCAAUUUAAGCGGUCUAGAGGUUAUUUAGAGGAUGCCAACUCUUCAAACGAUUGAUAAACGCCAGCAUUUAAUAGUUUGACACUAAAAAAACGAGUAUUUUGCAUUGUUUUAAGUGGAAAAAGGUGUUACAGAGUUAACUCCACACUAGCUAUUAGCAAGUUAGCAUUAACGCUAUUAGGACAUCAACUUUGGGUUAUUUAGGAAAUUAUCCAGCAUGAAAAUUAAAGGCUAAAUAUUGGGAAAUACUUACAUGUUUUAUCUUGGUGGAAAACAGCAGGUUUCGAUUCACUCAGAGCUGCAAAGUUGUCUGGAGUCAAAAUCGUCUCAUUAUUUCACUUUCAUGCUAGGUUACUUCACCAACAGGAUGCUGCGUCCACGGACCACCCGUAAAACAGGAAAGUAGAUAUUCUUCGAUUCUUUGACGAGAUUUUCGUUACAUUACAUUCAUUCGUUUUGAUAUUAACAUUCUGAGCACUAUCACGUAUUCUACAUAUAAAUUCAGACGUAAAAAAUAAAAUCAGUGCGCUGUCCUUGCAGAGCUGCUCGUUGUUUGGUAAAGAUGGAUUUAUUUACGAGUCGACCUUGAAGGAAUACAACUGUGCGUCACCUGUCUUGAUUCUGAUUGGUUGAGACUUGCAGACUGGUAGAGACAGUAACACAGUCCCAACUUGAGCCUUGAGGACAGUUACACAAAAUAUAUUUGAUCAUUUUUCAUUGCUUUUAUUUGACAAUGGCAGUUGAUUUGUUGUAUUUGACACCAGAAAUAUCGAUUAUAUAGUCUGUUUAUGGAGAUUUCUGUUUAUGAAGGCCAAAGGAAGCUUGUUUCUCCACAUUUCUCUCCUUUAUGUGGAAGCCCUAAGUAGACAUAAAUCCCAUUUAUUCAACUCAGUAAUAAAGUUUUAAAAAAUGGAUGGACGGAUAAUACAUGGACCUUUAUGAUAUUUUAAUAAUCUCUGAAAUGUACCAACGGGUGUUUACGUGAAGAGAUAUAUCACAAUUUUUUUCAAUACCUCGUAGACAGUUGAAAAAUGAUGCUUAACCUUUGAAGUUUAUCGUUGGGAAAUGCAAAUGUCCAUGAGUGAGGGAUAAUUCAACUUGCCUUUGGUGUUUUGGUUUUACAUUUUUAAAUUAAAAUAUCAUUGAGUCACUGACAGAAACUGUCAGGGCUGAAGAACUGUAACAACAACAGCUUAUUUCAAUUUACACGACAGCAUCACGAGCAACAAGAAAUAUACAAAGUAUGUCACUUUGUAUGAAGACUGAAAAAAUAAUUUAUUGUCUCCAUAAAAACAAAUUUGACUAGAGUUCACACAUCAAAUGAUUGUACAGAUUUUCCCUUUUUUUGCAGUGAAUAAACUACAUUGAUAGUCAAAAGAUAUAAAAGCAUUAUUUCCCUUUAAACAUUUGGUUUUGUUUGUACAAAACAUUCACCUUAGAUUCACUUUCCUGCCCCCUGAGUAAGCAGAAAUGAAAGCAGCUUGUUUUAUUUCCAGUUUUUUGUUUUUGUUCUUGAAUGUUCCUCCUUUCCUUCCUCCUAGCCCAGGUUGAUCUCUCCUGCAAACAUGGUGAUCAGCAGGAUGAUGGUGAACCCAGUGAGCAGCCCUGCAUUCUGGAUCAGGAAGAAGAUGAUCUUGGUGGACGUACCCUUCUGUUCCCGCGCUAUACUGUCCAUCUCUGGAAACUGAGAACGAAAACAACGACAAUCAGAUCUCUGUCUCUAACAUCUCUUUUACAGACAAAGACAUACAGUGGCCUCAUUGUGUAGCAGUGAAAACAAGGGCGAUGUGUUGUGACAUAUAGAAAGAGUGUGAUACUGUCAGUUUGUGGACACAUGUACAUUUUCAGGCCUCUAAAGUAACUCUGCAUGAAAUCCUUCAAAAACAAAUGAUUGUACGAACAAGUUUUUCCUGUGCAUAAAAAAUUUGGGACUGUAUUGAAAGCAAUGAAUGUCUCUGUUGUGGAAAUCACUGCAUAGGCUCAGAAUCAAUUCCAAAACACUUUAUGGUGUUGCAUCCACAAAUGGAGGUUAAACUGCCCCAUGCAAAGAGGAAACAAUAUAUAAACAUGAUGCAGAAAUGCUGGCACCUUUUCCAGACUGAUAGAGAAGCAUAAGUGAACAUGGGAUAGGCUCGCUUAUACACCUGUUAGGGCUCCAUUAAUGCCCAACUGCAUAUACAAGUUUUAGAGAAACAUUUGCUGACAUCCAGAUGAUGCCUUUUUUAGGGAUAAACUAGAAUAUUUUAGCAAGAUAAUGUCAAACCACAUCCUGCCACAGAGGAAGAUUCUGAUUAAAACUUUUUGAUGCAUUAUGAAAAUGAAGACACAGCAAAAGAGACCCAACACUAUCAAACAGCUGAAGCAAGAAUGGGAAAACACAAAACUUCAAAACUCUCAAAAAGUUCACAGUGUUAUUAAAACUUGAGAUAAUGAAACGUAAGACACAUCAUAAGAGACCAAACACUAUCAAACAGCUGAAGCAAGAAUGGGAAAAUACAAAACUUCUCAACAACAUUGCACUCUAUUCGUUCUUUACUUAUAUCACAACCAUUCAGUCAUUUUUUUCUCCAGAAAUUAAACAUGCCAACCCAACCAAAUUCCUCCAAUAACACCAUAUCAUCCCCUCUUGAAUCUAUCCUGUAGGUCCAUAGAGAUGGCAGCAUAAUGUACCAUAAUGCACCAUGCUGAAAAAAAUCACUAUACAGAAGCUACUCACUCUCCAGACUCCAUUUCAGUCCAACUUUUUUUUGCCAAAAACACAUUUUUUCCCGUUACAGCAAUCAUGUUUACAAGGUGUUGAGUUUAAGGCCACUCGGUUGAUCUGAGACUUCUGUUUGUGCCGAUUUUGAUGCUGUUAUAAUGUAGGCAAGUGCAGUCCAGAUUAAAACAGUAAUGCUUUGGUGCAUAAAGUAAAACAAGGAGCUGAAAGAUAAUUAAUCACAGUGUUGACUGAUAAGUUUCUAAAGGGUUUGUAUCACAAGAAUUUGCCAACAUCCAUGCACUGUUUGCAUUUUAUCCCAUCAAAAUAAAACAAACGUUACUAUUGCAACUCUAAAAAUUGUAAGCUAGAGGGGUCUGAUGUGCUGAGGGGGAACAAAGUGCAGCGAUGAGAAUGCGAGGAGUGUCCUCGGGUGUAACCUGACUCACCAUGUCUGCCAGUGCAAUGUACAGGAACAUUCCUCCUGCGAUGGCAAAGAUUGCGUUGGGGGCAAAGUUGCUUCCCAGGAGGAUGCCAAACACGAGACCGACGUAACAUGAGACGGCCGACAGUAGGUUGAAGAAAAUGGCCUGAGGGACGCUCAUACCGGCAUUCAGCAGGAUGACAAAGUCACCUGUGGAGAAAACAAACGCACAACAAGGUAACUAUUAGAAACUACAGAUUAAAGAGUGAAUUUAAAGCUGUUCGGUCAAAUAGUUUAGAUCUCGCUAAAAAAAACUAAAUAUAUUUAUGAAGGAAAAACAUCACCAGUCCUGAGAUACUGCUCUGCACAUGUUUUGGUGUAAUACUGCAGUCUGCCAGUAGAGGUCAAUAAAGAUCACAGAUUUCUGACGGCCCUUUGAGUUUGACUGAAAACAUAACUCCUCUUUUAAACCCCUCAUCCUGAUUUUUUCUCACUAAUUUACUCUUUUUAAGUUAUAAAACUCUUGUGAAUUUCAUUAAACAUGGUAAAAUCCUCACCCAGCUCAUGAGGAAACUCCUCACACACGAUGGCGGUGGACGUACUGAACCCCGUCAGUAUGGACACGGUGAACGAGGCGCCGAUAGCCAGGCCAUCGAUGAAAUUGUGGAGCGCGUCGCUCAGAGUGAUCAUCCACGCCACAGUCUUGAUGCUGGAGAUGCGUUUUCCACGGAGCCAGUGACACAUCACAUCAGACACCUGGACCUCCUGGUUAAAGACACACAGGGGGAGACAUGCUACUGUUUGAUUUUAGCAAAGAUGAGUCAUGUGUAAACACGGGCAUGUGUGGAUUUAGAGUCAAAAAGAUAGGAAGCAAUGACAA